AUGUCUUCACUCCCCGUCCCGUCGUCGCUCUCGUCGCUGUCUCAAGACGAGCAGUGGCGGGUUCUCGAUACCCUCUUCGAGCCCUCACCGGAACUGCACACCCUGAUGGCGCCUGUUCUCGCAAACCAGACGUUCUCGUCAUACGCGUCAUUGAUUGACGCCGUACGAGGACGCAUGUCUGCACUGUCGGCUCCCAACUCCCCGGUAGACAGGGCCGUUUUGCACGGGAUCCUGGGAUCCCAUCCCCGUCUGGGACGGGCCCCGGCGUCUACCAAUGAGCAUAUGAGCGAGUUGAGCAAGAACGAGCAGGCGAGGCUGAACGAAGGGGCAGAAGACCAAGCGGAGAGAUUGCGGCAGCUGAAUUCCGAAUACGAGGAUAAAUUCCCGGGGCUACGAUUCGUGACGUUUGUCAACGGCCGGAGCCGAGACGUGAUCAUGACGGAGAUGCGACAGCGGAUUGACCGAGGCGAUACCGAACAUGAAGUCGAGGAGACGAUCGAGGCCAUGUGCGAUAUCGCCAACGACCGUGCAAGGAAACUCCAGCAGUCAUGA